GUGCGAGUGGCUGUUCGCGAAGUUUGCAAGUCCCUCGAAGAUGCUGCCUUCAGCGAUUUCCAAGCAGCAUUUUUCAACGACAGCGAGGAGGACCUUCGCAAACUGAUUCAGGACAUUGCAUUUGCUGCUUUCAUGUCUGGUGCCACAGGCACGGACUACACGGGUGUGAGUUCCUUCCGCACAGAGCCGCUGCGGACAGACUUCGGCAAGGCCUGCUUCCGUGUGGUCUUUGCCUGCCAAGGGGACCUACAGAAGAUCACUUGCCAGCACUUCAAGAUCUUGCCCUUCAAGCAGCUUGGCAUACGGCUUCCGCGUGCCAGGUGGGUGUCCAAGUUCAGCGAAAAGGCAUUGGGAAGCUGGGGACAGCAUGUGGCAUACUCCAACAGGGAAGGUGGCAUCAUAGAGUACCAGGACAGCUUCGAGCAAGACGUGAUGAGCUUGUGCGACGAGGGUGACAGCUUUAUGGCUGGUGGCGAAUCCAUCUUGAUCCGUUGCAGGUUCAACUUGAUUCUGUUUCCCAUCCGCUUCCCCAUCAGCGACAGCAUCAUGUCGGAUUGCUCAGUCCCGGAUGUGCAGGUUCACUCAGGCAUGACAAUUGGCAAGGAGGACAAUCAGAUGGCUAUUUUUUGGGUCGAAGCCAGUAGGCAGCAGAGGCGCUUUUUCCAGACUCCGAGGGAGCUUCUCUGCCAUCUGGGUGAUCGAUUUCUGCCGCUCGUUGCGCAGGUCGGGGGCCACGACGUCGGCGGCCACGAAUGGUUGUGGUCCUUCGCACCGCCACCUGGUCUGGUCUCGGCUUGGCACACUGUGGAAGUCUCGCUGCUGGAGACCUUGAAGCAGGAGGCUCGCAAGGGAUACUUUCCCCAUCAUCCCAAGCUUCAGGGAAAGUGCAGGCAUGCAUCCUUAACCGCAAUCACGCUGCUUGCAAGUCUGUCAGGUCUUGCAGACCCUGAGUUCAGCCUGUCCGGAGCGGGUGGAGGAUGA